AUGUUCAAGAUCCGUCAAUCCAAGUAUCGUCACAUCUUUUGUGAUCAACCAAAGACCGAGCUAUGUUACACUGGUUUCCGUGUUGCCACAACCACCGGUGAAACACAAUAUAUUAAGGCUUCGACAAAAUAUUGGGCGGUAGCUAUGUUUGGAGGUGGUGGUCCUCUGGUGGUCGGGCGUCAUGACCGUCCUGGACGCUUCGAAGAUGGAACCAGUCCAAUCUUGAAGGGCCACCAUGGAUCUGUGUUAGAUAUGGAAUGGAGCCCGUUUGAUGAUUCUCUUCUCGCAACUGGUAGCGAAGAUAGUACCAUCAAGCUUUGGAGUAUCCCUGACGACUGGGAGCCUACAGAUGAAAGAGGUCUAGGAAAGGAAGGCAGUCAUAUCUCGGAGUCCAUGAUCGACUUGGAAGGGCACGACAAAAGAGUAACACUCAUGAGAUUCCACCCAACUGCUUCCAAUACUAUGCUGAGUACAAGUGCCGAUCACACUGUCAAGGUUUGGGACGUCGAAGCAGGAGAAGCCAUCACAUCGUUGGAUGGCGAAAUUUCUGACCUUUCCCAAGACAUUGUUUGGGAUGUUAGAGGAGACAAAUACGUCCUCUCCAAUAAGGACAAGGCCAUUCGAUUUGUUGAUCCACGAACUGGAGCUGUGAUAUCCAAGCUUGAAAAGGCGCAUGAGGGUUCCAAGAGUGUCAAGUUAAGUUUUUUGGGAGAGUCCGGGAAACUGUUGUCGACUGGUUCCACAAAACAAUCUGGCCGUGAAUUGAAAAUUUGGGAUCUGAAGAAGAUGGACAAACCGCUUCACUCUGAAACAAUCGAUACUGCUUCGGGUGCAUUGAUGCCAUUGUACGACCAGGAUACCUCCGUUCUCUAUCUUUGUGGAAAGGGAGACGGAAUCAUCCGUCUUUAUGAAUUCGAGAACAAGGAACCAUACCUGCACAAAUUGAAUGACGGGUUCCGUUCGACAACCCCAGGAAAGGGAUACUGUACCGUUCCAAAGCGUGGUUUGAACAUUAUGAAUUGCGAAACUACUCGUAUCAUGAAGCUUACGAACACGGACGGUAUUCAUCCUCUUCACUUCACUGUUCCACGAAAAUCUGAUGCAUUCCAAGAUGAUAUCUUCCCUCCCACAGCAGCUCCAACUCCUGCGCACUCGUGCGAACAAUGGUUCAAGGGAUCUUCGAAACUUCCCAAGACCAUGAAAUUGGAUCCAAACUCGAUGUCCGGUGGGGGAAGUAAAGGCCCAGCUGCAGGCAAGAGAGUGUCCAUUAGGUCUCUUCCUACGCUAUCCAAAGAAGUCGAUGCUCUUAAGAAGCAUGUUGCAUAUUUGGAGGGCAAGCUCAAGGCAGCCAAAAUUUCCUACGAUCCCAUGAAGUAA